AUGGGGGAUGGGGCGGUGUCGACACAGAGGGGCAACCCCGUGCUGAAGUUUGUGCGUAAUGUGCCCUGGGAGUUUGGUGACGUGCUUCCCGACUAUGUGCUGGGCCAGAGCACCUGUGCCCUGUUCCUCAGCCUCCGCUACCACAACCUCCACCCGGACUACAUCCACGGGCGGCUGCAGAGCCUGGGGAAGAGCUUCGCCCUGCGGGUCCUGCUCGUCCAGGUGGACGUGAAAGAUCCACAGCAGGCCCUCAAGGAGCUGGCUAAGAUGUGCAUCCUGGCUGACUGCACCCUGGUCCUUGCCUGGAGCUCUGAGGAGGCCGGGCGGUACCUGGAGACCUACAAGGCCUAUGAGCAGAAGCCGGCGGACCUCCUGAUGGAGAAGCUGGAACAGGACUUUGUCGCCCGGGCCCGGAGGCUGUUUGAUGUCCUACAUGAGCCCUUCUUGAAAGUGCCCCGAUGA